AUGGAUGCAUCAUCAUCAGUCAUGCGGACAGCAGAUGAAAUUACUCGCUCAUCUGGUCGACAUAAGAAUCAUGCACCGGCAGCUUGCAAAGCAUGUCGCCAGCGAAGGGUGCGGUGCAAUUAUGAUAAGGAAGCGAAAGUCUGUCAGAACUGCCUUCGUAGAGGUGAUCUCUGUGAGAUAAAAUCAGAGGAGGACUCAAGAAGACGCAUCUCAUACACUGUCGCCCAACAAUUGCGAGCUAGAAUACACGAGCUAGAGACUGAGAAUGCCCGAUUGUCUGCUGAGCGAGAUGCAGGUACAGAGGAGAAAGCGGAUGGGUCCCAGGUGGAAUUUACAGGAGUAGGUGAUCAGCGGGACAAGGCUACAUUUGAGUGUCUCGACAGAUUGAAGGUAUUUGGCGCUGUUGGCGAGAUAUGUCAUUAUGGUCCCACGUCUCCCUUUUCAUACCUUCCCGACCUGCAGAUGAUGCAGUCCAAUAUCGUGCAUGUGGACACUGCCACCGGCAGCGCAGGUGAUAUGACGAGAUGGAAGGCAUUCCUUCCCAGCAAUCUCAACAUCUCAUGGUUUGAGCAUCAGCAAUUGCUGGACGCAUUUACCAGAUACUUUGCCUGUUGGUUAUAUGCUAUCGAUUCCAGCAAGUUUCAGCAAGAUAUGCACAGAUUAGGUGGUAUCACUAGGUCCGAUUAUUACUCCCCAAUUCUUCACAACGCACUGCUGGCAAUGGCUUGCCGUUUCGUCUCAAAUCCAGAUCGCCCUUCCAAUGCCGCUCAGAUUCUAAUCCAACACGCCUUGUCCUUCUUCGGGGAGGAGUUGGAGAAUCCUGUGAUCGCAACCGUUAACGGAUUGAUGUUGUUGGCGUCUCUUCAUACUGAGCAGCGUCAGACCAAUAGUGGUGCAGCGUACUUUGCUACUGCUGUGCAGACUGCUGUGACUCUCGGUUUAAACGUCAAUCCCGCAUAUUUGGUUAGAUACGGUAUGAUCAGUCCUGAGAGGCAGCAGCAGCGGAAUAACACAUUCUGGUCGGUGUUUUGUCAAGAUCGUCUUUGGGGAUUAGCGCUUGGUAGACAACCCAUCCUUGGAUCUUUCAAUGUUCCUCUCCCAGAUAGCCAAGAGAUCAUUAAGCAGCACGCGUUGAUUAGCGGAAACGAGGAUCAAUAUCUAGUCUCCCUUUGCUUCGCAGAGACGUGUAAGCUCUCUCGUUUAGCGGGUUUGAUCAUGGAGCAAAUUUACGGUUUCACUGGUCCUCUCGAGCUAUCUAAAACAUGCAAUAACUUGUAUCAUCAGAUCAACGCAUGGCGAAGGAAUUUGCCCAAGAGCCUUCUGCCUCUCCGACAGCACUCUGUGCCACCGCAAGUGCAUACGCUCAAUAUCACCGCGGAUCUGCUUUCCAUCCUAUCCCUUCGACCUCUAUACCACAAUAUCUUGGAUAUGAUUGCCGAGGACGAGGCUAUAAGAUCGUGUGAUAGACACGCUGCUCAGAUCAACGAUAGUAUGAAGUACUGGCAGGAGACAUAUGGGUUGAAAAAUUGUCCUUUACUACUAGGUCAUGCUGCUUUCGGAGCAGCAACGGUCCAUCUUCUAGCAUCUGUGACUCUGCGUGAACCUAGCGACCAAGUCAUCUACGAUCCAAGAGCUCGAUGUGACGAGUCCAUCUCUAUAUUGAAAGCAAUGGGCAUACCACGAGCUUCUCAGAUGGGUGAUAUUUUGCAGUCACUUUCGCGGGAAUGGUGGAUAGGUGAUCACACUUUGCAAAGUGAAAGAGAGUUAGACGACCUUCUCUCGGCGUUGUAUACGGUCAACCCUGUAACCGUGACACUUUGA